UGAACAGCUGAAUGUUGCGGUUGGCUUCUGUCGGCACCAACCCGUCUCGCGUUUGUUUGAUUUGCGUAUUCAAUCUGCAUAGACCAUUUAUUAACACAACGAAAUCUCAACGGUGAGGAACAAUUCAAAUAUUGCAAUUAGAUUAAUACGCUGCUGGCUAUAAAGGCGAUAAUGUCGGCUCUGUUGAAAAUGCAUCGAGUUCACAAGCUCUUUACGCCCGCCUUUGUGCGCAGCGUUUCAGAGGCAGCGAAAUAUCCGAAGAUUACCACGCACUACACUUUGAAUCCGCGGGAGAAGGACGAAAGAUGGAAGGACGUGGACAUGGAGCGUUGUGUCGAAGAGGUGGAUAUUGUCAUCGUGGGUGGCGGACCAGCCGGCAUGUCGGCAGCCAUACGUGCCAAGCAGCUGGCUGCUGAAAAAGAUCAGGAAAUUCGCGUUUGCGUAGUGGAAAAAGCCGCUGAGGCCGGUGGUCAUAUUCUUUCCGGCGCUGUCAUCGAUCCGAUCUCUUUGAACGAGCUCAUCCCCGACUGGAAGGAGCAGGGUGCACCAUUGAACACACCCGUUUCGAAGGAUACGUUCUCGUUCCUUACGGAAACGGGCCGCAUAUCCAUACCCAUCUUCAAGGGCUGGCCCAUGGACAAUCAUGGCAAUUAUGUUGUUCGCCUGGGACACUUGGUCAAAUGGCUCGCUGAUCAGGCGGAGGCACUAGGCGUUGAGAUCUAUCCUGGCUGUGCAGCUUCUGAGGUGCUCUUCCAUGAGGACGGCAGCGUCAAAGGCAUUGCCACGAAUGAUGUGGGCAUCGCCAAGAAUGGCGCACCCAAAGAAACCUUUGCGCGUGGCAUGGAACUACAUGCGAAGACCACAAUCUUUGCCGAGGGCUGUCGUGGCCAUCUUUCCAAGCAGAUUAUGCAAAAGUUCGGCCUCAACGCAGGCAGCGAACCACAAACCUACGGCAUUGGACUCAAAGAAGUGUGGGAGAUUUCACCCGAGCGCCAUCAACCUGGUUUAGUGGAGCACUCAAUUGGCUGGCCUCUGGAUCGGUUUACAUAUGGUGGCUCGUUUCUGUACCAUCUAAAUGAACCCACACCCACCAUUGCCGUUGGCUUUGUGGUUGGCCUAAACUAUAGGAAUCCAUGGAUCAGUCCGUUCCAGGAGUUCCAGCGCUUUAAGACGCAUCCCAAGGUGCGCCAUGUGUUUGAGAACGCCACACGCAUUGGCUAUGGCGCACGUGCCAUCAACGAGGGUGGCUUUCAAAGUUUGCCCAAGAAGCUGUCCUUCCCCGGUGGCUGCUUGGUCGGCUGCAGUGCGGGCUUCCUGAAUGUGCCACGUAUCAAGGGCUCGCACUACGCCAUGAAGAGCGGCAUGCUGGCCGCUGAGAGCGCAUUGGAGGCUAUCAAUGAGGGCACGCAGACCACAGCUGGCGUGGAGCCCGUAACUUAUGCAGACAAGAUCAAGGAAUCGUUUGUCUGGAAAGACUUGUACAAGGUGCGAAAUGUGCAUCCGUCCUUCCACAAUCCUCUGGGUCUUUAUGGCGGCCUUGUGCUCAGUGGUUUCUCCAUAUUCAUGGGCGGUCGCGAGCCUUGGACUCUAAAGCAUGGCCCUCAGGAUCACGAAUCACUGCAGCCGGCAAAUGUUAGUCCCCGCAUUGUAUAUCCCAAGCCAGAUGGCAAAAUCUCGUUUGAUUUGCUCUCGUCGGUGGCGCUCACAGGCACCAAUCACGAGGGCGAUCAGCCACCCCAUUUAACAUUGAAGGACGAUCGCAUACCCGUCGAUCACAAUUUGGCCAUUUACGAGGGACCCGAGCAACGUUUCUGCCCUGCCGGCGUAUACGAAUAUGUGCCCAACGAGGAGGGCGGCAAUAUGAAGCUACAAAUCAAUGCACAAAACUGCAUUCACUGCAAAACCUGUGAUAUCAAGGAUCCCAAACAGAAUAUCAAUUGGGUGGUGCCCGAGGGUGGCGGCGGCCCCGCCUACAAUGGCAUGUAAACUAAAUGCCAAUGCUGCAAAGAGAUUUGUAGAAGUUGUACCAUAAAUGCAUUUGAUUAGUUUGUAAAUUGUAAAAAAAGCAAGAGAGAAAUACUAAAUUCUAAAUUCUAAAUUACUCUAUAAACAAAAAGGUUGCAAUAAAACAAAUAUUGAGAAUUAUGAAAAGUAUGUAAAUGUUCAGUUGCCAAAAAGGU